AUGUCGAUCACGCGCACUGUCGUCGACGGUGUGGGUUGCAUGCUCAGCCGGUCUAGGGUACGCAUUCGUACGCUCAAUCGUGCCUGCUUGGCUGCUGCUUGUAUACGCUUGCCAUCCCGCCAGCCGCAGCUGCCUCGAGCCGACUUGAUCUCACGCACGAGCUUGUCAAAGGCGACCUUUGCUACCGUCAGCUCACAGCCCAUUCUCGCAUACAACAUGACCGCAGGCGACUUUCCCAGGCCACCCGUCGCUGCAUCACGAUGGGACUUCACUGCAGAAGAGAUCACGAAGCUAACAAAGGAAAGCAUCGAUCGCAGUCGCAAGACACAAGACCAAGUUGCCGCGCUGCCUCAUGACAGGUGCACUUUCGAUAGCGUCAUCUCCGCCUUGGCCCACGAUGAGGCUUCCAUGGCUCACGAUACCGGCGUGCUCGAGUUCCUGCAGAACGUCUCGACGGAUGAAAGCGUGCGAAAGGCAUCUGUGGCAGCCGAUCAAGCAUUGGCUGAUUUCGGUAUCGAGUCCUCCAUGCGACUGGAUGUCUUCAACGCUGUCCAAGCAGCAGACAAGGCCACAGAUCGCUCAAAGCUAGACGCAGAGUCAACACGCUUGCUUGAUCGCAUGCUGCGCGAUGGCAAACGGGCCGGAUUGACCUUAUCCGAAUCAGAUCGAGAGAAGUUGAAGGCGCUCAAGAAUGAGAUCUCGCAGCUUUCGAUCGAGUUCCAGAACAACUGCAAUCAGGACAAAGAGUUUAUCGACUUUACCGCUGAUGAACUCAAGGGCGUUCCCGAAGAUGUCAUUGCUGGCUUCAGCAAGUCAAAGGAUGAUUCGUCGAAGCUGCGCAUGACCUUCAAGACGCCCGAUUAUCUGCCUGUCAUCAAGUAUGCUCAGAAACCAACAGCGCGCAGAAGAGCUUUCGUAGGCUACGAGUCUCGUCUGCCGAUGAAUGUACCCAUCAUGGAAAAGACGAUGAAAUUACGAGCACAAGCAGCUCAACUCCUCGGCUAUGCAAACUGGGCAGAGUACGUGCUCGAGGUCAAGAUGGCCAAGGAUGUCAAGACUGUCAAUGCUUUCCUUGACGAUCUGUAUAAGAAGCUCAAGCCGAUCGGCCUCAAGGAACGCGAUGUCUUGCUCAAGCUCAAAGAGAAGGAGUGCAAAGAGCUCAACAUCCCUUAUGAUGGCAAGUUCUACGUAUGGGACUACAGAUACUACGAUAGACUACACAUUGAGCAAACGCUCGCAUUCGACGAAGAAGAGGCAAAACAGUAUCUGCCCGUCGCCGUCGUUGUGCCAAAAGUGCUCGAACUCUACAAGCGCUUGCUCGGCGUCGAGCUCGUGCCAAUCGAUUCGCCAACAUGGUAUGAGGACGUACAAGCCUUCGCAACGUACGAUCUCCGGGCAGCCGAUAAUGAGAACCCUUUCCUGGGAUUCAUGUACACCGAUCUCUUCCCUCGCGACAAUAAGUACGGUCACGCAGCAGUUUGGGGUCUCAUCCCUGGCUUCACGAAGGAAGACGGCAAUCGGUCGUACCCGACCGCGGCAAUGGUUGCCAAUCUGGCAAAACCGAGCGGCAACAAAGUGACGCUAAUCUCACACGAUCAGAGCGUCACGCUCUGUCACGAAUUCGGUCAUGCCUAUCACCAGCUGCUCUCAAAGACCCGAUACUCUCGCUUUCACGGCACCAACGUAGCCCGCGACUUUGUGGAGGCGCCAAGUCAGCUGUCAGAGAACUUCAUCUGGCUCAAGAAAGAACUUAUCGAACUUUCUGCGCAUUACAAGACAAAGAAGCCAAUGCCAGACGAGCUCAUCGAGAAGCUCAUCUCUUCCCGCUUUGUCAACUCUGGCCUGUUCAAUCUGCGCCAGCUCUUCUUCGGUCUCAUCGAUAUGAAGCUUCACACAAGGACGCCAGAUGAUGCUGAUCUGGAUUAUACGAAGCUGUGGUGUGAGAUGAGACAGGAGAUCUCGCUUGUCGAAUUCGAUGGAGAGUAUGCGCCGGGUGAGGGCAGCUUUGCGCACAUCAUGUCUGGCUACGCUGCUGGAUACUACGGCUACCUCUACUCCCUUUCGUUCUCGGCUGAUAUGUUCAGUCAAUGGGGAGACGAGCCGAUCGACAAGGCUGGCAAGCGCUAUAGAAAGUCGAUCCUGCAGCCUGGCGGAUCUCGAGACGAGCUGGACUCGCUCAAAGAGUUCCUAGGCCGCGAGCCGAGCAAUAAGGCUUUCAUGGACAUGUUACUUGGCCAUCAAUGA